CUCUCUUGUGCUUAUACACCACUCUCGUUCUUGUGUUUACUUUACAAUGCUUCGUUCGUGAUAAUAUUUAAUUUGGCCUUGGGGCACGCAUUAUGAAAGGACAGAGCCUGGCGUUCAACAGUAGCAGGCUUGCUGCUGGUCUACAGCACUCCUGUAGCUUGAAAGCAGCUAAAGAGGCGUCUCGAGAAAGUAAAGGCAUCCAAUGUCUAUCGACAGCAUGCCCCCGCCUAAAGAAAGAAGACGGUCCCCAGAAGGUGGACAUGACCGACGUGAAACCAAAAUGGAAUGGAGCAAAGCAUGAUAAAUUCGCAAAUAGGGACUUUUUCUUGUCCAUUCUCGGGUCAACGACGACGAAGCGCGACACUCGAGCUUACGUCAAACACUUCGCUCCUCCGAAAAAAACUUCACAAAAGGCGGAAACGUCUUCGUUGCGGACAACGAAUAAAUUAGCUGGGUCGCCACGGAGCCAUGGAGGUGUGAACCUAGGAAGCUUUUACGGAUCUCGAGCAGUGGAAAAUAGCCCACGAUUCGUGCAGGAACCCUACACCGACUUUACCUCUCGACUACAAAAUGGCCCACAACAUGUUGCAUUGGUCAAGAUCAGAGCACCCUGGGAGAUGAAUGACGAAAAUCUCAAUGGUGUUGCCAGAACUUUAUCACAGCUGGCUAAGCUUGGCAUGAUCAGUGCUGUUGUUGUGGACUGCGGCGUUCCUUCCAAUGGCGAUAAUGGCAGGACUGAUCCCCAGUGGAAGGCCCUCGUCAUGAAACAAGUUGACAGGAUUGUGGAUGCGAUUGAUGCACAAUCAGUGCCAGGUGCACGAAAGGAAGAUAAUAUUAUUGGUGUCAUCGAAAAGGACCUGCCAGACCAGCCUCUAUCGGAAUUUGGUGGGAGGACUCAUAUUCGUUAUCGGAAGCUUCUUAUGACCCCUCUAUUAAGGGGUAUUAUACCUGUCGUUGCAUGCAUAGGAUACACCGAUGUAUCCCAGCAGGCAGUUCCAGUCAAGGCCGAUGAUGUGGUGCUUGCCCUCACCCGCGAAUUCGCUGGCUUCGGGUUUAAUGGGCUUCCCGCCCCGGAUGAAGACCCAAACGAUACAGCAGAGAAGCUAAGAUCGUUACGAAGCCAGGUCUUACUGGACCGUCUCAUUAUCAUUGACCCGCUAGGUGGGAUUCCUAGCUCCCAGCGGUCAAAUGGAUAUCAUGUUUUCCUCAACAUGGAGCAAGAAUACCAGGUGGUGAAGAACGACCUUCUGAGCGCCCACGGACUACAAAGCACACAAAAUUCCACCGAUACCAAAACCUCCCAAAUCACAGACCUGGUAAAAAGUAAUCCCUUUUCCCAAUUUGUCGAAACCGAAUUCGGCGCACCAACACCUUCACCCGAAGCCCUCGCCACCUCAGACCUCUCCCAACGCCUCUCGAGCGCCAGCACCAUCCAUCUAAGCAACCUUGAACUAGUCCGCAAAGUCCUCUCCAUCCUCCCCCCCACCUCCUCCGCCCUCCUUACAACCCCCACCGAAGCCGCCAACUCCGGGAACCGCUCCUCCUCCCCAGCCCUCACAACAGGCGUCGGCACCCGCUCCCACCGCAACCCCCUAAUCCACAACCUCCUCACCGACAAGCCCGUCUUCUCCUCCUCCCUGCCCCCCAGCCGCCUCGGUCCCACGAAGCCAACCUCCACCUCCACCAUCACACCAGCAACGGCUUGCCAUACCACUUUCGCCAAGCGCGGUAUGCCCGUCACCAUCUUCCCCGACCCACGCACACACCCUUGGCGCCCUCCUAGCCCGAACAACCCCGGUCUCAGCCUCAGAGACGCACGCCUCGACCUCCCUCGCCUCGUGCACCUAAUCAACGACUCCUUCGACCGGCAACUCGACGUCCCCGCCUACCUCGCGCGCGUAGACCGACGCAUAGCCGGCGUCAUCAUCGCCGGAGAAUACGAAGGCGGGGCCCUCCUAACAUGGGAGCUCCCCCCCGGAAUCGACCCCAACAGGCCCGAAGCCGAAGGGCGCUGGGUGCCGUACCUCGACAAGCUAGCAGUGUUGAAGCGGAGCCAGGGGAGUGGCGGGGUGGCGGAUGUGGUGUUUAAGGUGAUGGUGAGGGAUUGCUUUCCUGAGGGCCUGUGCUGGCGCAGUCGGUCGAGUAAUCCGGUGAAUAAGUGGUAUUUUGAGAGGAGUCGCGGGACGUGGAGACUGCCAGAGAGUGGGUGGACGAUGUUUUGGACGACGGAGGGGGUGGAGGGGGGCGGGGGGUUGUUUGAGGAUUAUAGGGGGGUUUGUGAGAGUAUACAGCCGACGUGGAUGGAUAAGAAGGGGGUUCUUGAUUAG